GAUUGAAAAGCCGGUGUUGCCGUUGCUAGCUAGCUAACACCUAGCAUGGUAGGCUAGUUGGCAAACAAUUGAUGCUGCUUGUGGUCGGCGCUGGUUGUCUGCCCCUUUGGUGUUAUUUAGUGUGCCCUGUAAUACUCAGUCAAACACUGAAAGAUUUCUCACCCACCGUGAGCUAGCAGCAGGUCUCCCACUCAACCCGUGGCGAUGAGAGAGGCAAGGGCCCCUGACGGUUUUUGGAUCCACAGGCAGUGGAUCGUCCAACAAGGACAGCAGCGGGCACUGGAGCACAGAUAACACCUUCAAACUGGUAAACCAUGAUCCCCAUCACAGAGCUGCGGUACUUUGUAGACACACAACCAGCAUACCGCAUCCUGAAACCAUGGUGGGAUGUUUUCACCGACUACAUCUCCAUUGUUAUGCUCAUGAUCUCUGUGUUUGGGGGGACGCUGCAGGUCACCCAGGACAAGAUGAUCUGCUUGCCCUGCAAAUGGGUGGUCAAUCAGACUUGCAGGAGGUACUUCAAUGCCACCCUCUCAGCUCCACUGGUUUUGGAGCCCAAAGGGAUCCAGUAUGACCUGGACCGACACCAAUACAACUAUGUGGAUGCUGUAUGCUAUGAGAAUAGACUGCACUGGUUUGCCAAGUACUUCCCCUACUUAGUGUUACUCCACACCCUGAUUUUCCUGGCUUGCAGCAACUUUUGGUUUAAGUUCCCUCGUACUAGUUCUAAACUAGAGCACUUUGUGUCCAUCCUACUCAAAUGUUUUGACUCCCCCUGGACCACCAGGGCACUGUCUGAGACAGUAGUGGAGGAAAGUGAUCCAAAACCCAUGAAAAUGAAUGGCUCAGUAGACCACAAGGCAUCUGUUAUCAGUGAGGAUGUUGAAGCUAGUGUUCCCAUGCUCCAAAGGACAACAAAGUCACGCCUCGAGCAGGGCAUUGUAGAUCGAACAGAAACUGGGGUUUUGGACAAGAAAGAAGGUGAACAGGCAAAAGCUCUGUUUGAAAAAGUGAAGAAGUUCCGCAUACAUGUGGAAGAAGGAGACAUUGUGUACAGACUGUAUAUCCGCCAGACUAUCAUCAAAGUCAUCAAAUUUAUUUUGAUAAUCUGCUAUACAGGGUAUUACGUGCACAAUAUUCAAUUCAGUGUUGACUGUGAGGUUGAUAUAGAGAAUCUUACAGGUUAUAGCAUGUACCGCUGCGCUCACCCGUUGGCUACACUUUUUAAAAUUUUGGCCUGCUUUUACAUAAGCUUAGUAGUGGUGUACGGUUUGAUCUGCAUGUACACCCUUUGCUGGAUGCUGCGACGCUCUCUAAAGAAGUACUCCUUUGAGUCAAUACGGGAAGAGAGCAGCUACAGCGACAUACCUGAUGUAAAGAACGACUUUGCGUUCAUGUUGCACAUGAUAGACCAAUAUGACCCUCUGUAUUCUAAACGCUUUGCCGUGUUCCUCUCAGAAGUAAGUGAGAAUAAACUGAGGCAGCUCAACCUCAACAAUGAGUGGACACUGGACAAGCUGAGGCAGAGGAUUACCAAGAACUCCCAGGAAAAGCUGGAGCUGCACCUUUUCAUGCUGAGUGGCAUCCCAGACACAGUCUUUGACCUGAUGGAGCUGGAGGUCCUAAAACUGGAGCUUAUCCCUGAUGUCACCAUACCCCCAAUCAUUGCCCAGCUGGUCAACCUGCGAGAGAUGUGGCUCUACCACACGCCAGCCAAAAUAGAGGCUCCAGCCUUGGCUUUUUUGCGUGAGAACUUAAAGUCUCUGCACAUCAAGUUCACUGACAUUAAAGAGAUUCCUUUAUGGAUCUACAGCUUGAAAAAUCUGAGUGAGCUACACCUGACAGGGAACCUCAGUGCUGAGAACAACCGCUACAUUGUCAUUGAUGGUCUCCGGGAACUCAAAAGGCUCAAAGUUCUUCGUCUGAAGAGCAAUCUCACCAAACUACCUCAGGUGGUGACAGACGUGGGCAUGCACCUCCAGAAGCUUUCCAUCAAUAAUGAAGGCACCAAGCUGAUGGUGCUCAACAGCCUGAAGAAGAUGGUGAACAUGACUGAACUGGAACUCAUUCGCUGUGAUCUGGAACGCAUCCCACACUCAAUCUUCAGCUUGCACAACCUGCAGGAGAUCGAUUUGAAGGACAACAACCUGAAGACCAUUGAGGAGAUCAUCAGCUUCCAGCACCUCCACCGGUUGGUCUGCCUUAAGCUCUGGUACAACCAAAUUGCCUACAUUCCCAUCCAGAUUGGCACACUGACCAACCUGGAGAGGCUGUACCUGAACAGGAACAAGAUUGAUAAGAUCCCCAGCCAGUUGUUCUACUGCCGCAAGCUGCGCAUCCUGGACCUGAGCCAUAACAAUUUAACGUACAUCCCAACAGACAUUGGUGUCCUCCAGAAUCUCCAAUACCUGGCAGUGACAGCCAACAGGAUUGAGACCCUGCCUAAUGAGCUGUUUCAGUGCAAGAAGCUUCGCACUCUGAACCUUGGGAACAAUUGCCUGCAAUCUCUGCCCUCGCGCUUUGGAGAGCUGACCGGGCUGACCCAGCUAGAGUUGAGGGGUAACCGCCUGGAGUGUCUGCCAGUGGAGCUCGGUGAAUGUAGGCAGCUGAAGAGAACUGGUCUUGUGGUGGAGGAGGACCUCUUCAACACCUUGCCCACGGAGGUCAAGGAACAAUUGUGGAAGGUUGACAAAGAGCAGUCCUAAACUGACUAUCAUGUUUUAAAACAGUUCCUGGCCCACCGGGCCUGGGCACAGGAGGAAUGCCCAGACGGUCCCAGAGGGCUUCUUGCAGUGGGCAGUAUUCCUACUGCAGUGUAUGGCCAGUAGGGUUGGGUAUCCAGAACGGUGCCAAUUUGGUAAUGGUUCCUGAUUGGUCAGAACCAACUACUGCUCUGGUAUUGGUUCUGAACUGUCUAAUUCAUUUUAAUUUGUUCAUACAUAACCUCACAGGCAUUUCUGUUAAAGCCCAAUAUAAUGGCACUUUUUACCAGGGAGAUAGCAAAAAUACAGUGACCGGAUGGAUGUAAUUUGUAUUUAAAAAUUAAACGUGUGUCAUUUCUAAUGCAGAUGCCCCACUUGGCCAGCUGGUGAUGGUGCAGGAGGGUAACAGAGUCACCAGUGCUGACAAGUACCAUCGUCUACCCAACAUAAACUUGCCCAGAUUUCAUGGCAAUGCAAAAUUAGUUGCAAGAUAUUAUCGUCCUCUAGCCAACAUGAAUGUGUCACCAAAAUUAAUGGCGAUCCAGCAGAUAUAUUUGGAAAUAUGCCCCCUCAGGACUGUUGACUGACCAUUGAGCUGACGUUUUUUGCCAUGCAACUCUCUGCUUCUCAUCAGGGCAAAAUACAACAAGGGAAAGAUGCAAGGGUACAACAGCAGUAAUGUCACCUGCAACUCAAGUGUGAAUAAUUUGAAGCAGUGCAUUUAUUUUGACUGGUUGAGCAAAGUUUCUGCUGGAUAUGGGUCUUGAUAGUCUUGAUGAGAGUACGCUAUUUUAUUUGAGUAGGGUGAGUGAUCCUCAUCUGGCUGUGACAAACCAGGCAACUGUUGGUUGACAAAAUGAGGGCUGAUGAUCGCCUCAGUUGUGUAGGUAGUGGGGAAAAGUCUUUCCUUCAGGGAAAGGUGUGGAGUGUCACCAACCUUGCGCUUGAGGGAAAGUGAUUGGUUGAAUGUUUAUCUAUGUAUGUGUGUUUAAGCAAAUCCUCUUUUCUACUGAAUCACAUGAUCACCAUACAGUCACACCCUUACAUCAAUGUAUUAUCAUUAUCAAUAAACCAUAACAACAAUGGUAUUGACAAAAUCCUAAUGAUACCCAACCCUAUGAUAGCCAGUAUUCUCUUCAGUGGGUUUUAAGCUGUAUCUCUUGCAUGGCCAUAUUACAUUGACUUUUUAAUGUUUUUUUUGUUUUGUUUGUUUUUUGUUUUUUUUUUUUCUAUUUUCAAUGAAACAAAAAUAUGAAGAAAAAAAAAUAUUUGAAUGAGCCAAGUUGCGUGACUGACAUAAAUGAGAUUUCAAAGUAACUAUUUAUAUAGGAUAUACUAUUAGCAUCAAAUUGCAGCCUCUAAAUCCUGGAACACCCCGUUCAGACAUACAUGCUUACCAAGUACUGUAAAUUGGUCGAUUGCACUUGAUAUGGUGGAUAUGAAGUAGCUCCGAGAACCUUGUCACUCUACUUUUGUGCCAUGAUAGCCAACAUCUGCACAUGGCAAGUGAAGGAAUGGACACUCCAUCAAAUUAUUUUGUUUUCUCUUUCUCGCAAAGAGUGGGGUCUUGUGUUCAUUACAGUAGCAAGUAGUUAUAAAUAAUGAGUUGAGUAUGACUAUUUCUGCCUUGAUUGGCCAGUUUU